AUGAAGAACUGCUCCAUGUUGAUGCCAAUUACCUACAAGGAAUUACCGGAAACCCUGGUGAUGGAAAUUCUUUUGAUGCUUCCCGUUAAAUCCCUGAUGAGAUUUAAGUGUGUUUGCAAAACUUGGUGCUCUUCUUUUCGGACCUCAUAUUUUAUCACCAAUCAUAAAAAGAACAACCUCAAUCUACUCAUCUGGUAUGUUGACAAAGUCCCUCGCUACUCUUUGUUUUCAAUUGAAACAAAAAUUAAGAAACAUGGUGGACCUGGCGAAUUUAAUCUAAAAGUCAAAGAGAAUAUCCAUAUUCCUACAGGACAAACUGGGUUGGGUCUGUGUAAUGGCUUGCUUUGUUUGCAUGAUAGUUAUAGGAUUACCCUUUGGAAUCCUUCCACGAGAGAAGUUAAGCUUCUUCCUAAAUCCACCAUUUCAAGUCCUCCUUCCACAUCUCAUACUUCUUUUUAUUGCAUCGGGUUCGGGGGUUUGAUCUCGAAAAUUAUAUUUCAAAUUCAUUUAUACAGCCUAAAUACGGAUUCCUGGAGAGAAAUUCGUCAUCCAAAUGUUUAUAUUUAUGCUCCUGAAUUGUUUAGCACUUACCUAAACGAAAUUUACCAUUGGAAAGCGAUUGAUGAUGAUGUUGGUGAUUUGAUCCUUUCUUUUGAUAUGGCUGAGGAUGUUUUCUCGACAUUACCCUUGCCAAAUUUUGGUAUGUCUAAUGAUGAGUGUUUGUGGCAUAUCACUUCCUUCAAUGAAGCUGCUGCUGUGACUGUUUCUCCAACUACAGGCAUGGAAAACAAGUAUGACAUAUGGGUCUUGAGUGGUCAUUCAUGGACUAAACAACUUACAAUUGGGUCUAUUUUUGGGAGGCCGUUGGCGUUUUGGAAGAAUGGAGAAUUAUUGUUGGAAAGUGAAAAUGAUACAUUAGUUAUGUUUGAUACCUGCACUGGAGAGCUUCAGGAUUUUGGAAUCACAUGCCUAAGUACACAAGGCAGCUAG